AUGAAAGACUCUUUCAAGGUCAUGGAGGAGGGCGUCCAGCCUGAGACCCAAUAUGAUGAUCCCAAGGCUAUUCAAGGGGAGGUAAUCGGACCUCAUAACACCAACACACAACGAGGCUUGAGCUCUCGACACAUUCAAUUUUUGGCACUCGGCGGUUGCAUCGGGACAGGCUUGUUUGUUGGCAGUGGAGCGGCACUGUCGACGGUUGGUCCAGCUCCUCUGUUAAUGGGUUACAUUGCCAUGUCCACGGUCGUUUACUUCAUCAUGAAUAUGCUGGGUGAAAUGACCACGUACCUUCCCGUUCGAGGUGUAUCCGUACCCUACUUCAUCAAUCGCUUCACGGAGCCUAGCCUUGGAUUUGCAGUCGGAUACAAUUACUGGUACUCCUUCUCAAUGUUACUCGCCUCUGAGGUAACUGCCGCCGGUCUCGUGAUUGAGUACUGGCCCUCUUCGGUCAGUGUGGGCGUGUGGAUUGCAAUCAUUCUUAUUGUUAUCCUUUUCCUCAACAUUGUUGCCGUGUCCUGGUAUGGCGAAGCAGAGUUCUGGUUUGCAUCACUCAAGAUCAUUGCGAUUAUUGGCCUGAUCAUUCUCGGUAUUGUGCUAUUCUUUGGAGGAGGUCCCACCCAUGAUCGUCUGGGGUUCCGAUACUGGCAACGACCGGGCGCAUUUGUGGAGCCGUAUCUGGUGCCGAGCGUUAACACAGGUCGUUUCCUUGCAUUUUGGACAGCCCUCAUCAAAUCUGGGUUCUCUUUCAUUUUCUCGCCCGAGCUCAUCACCACCGCCGCUGGCGAGGCUGUGUCUCCCCGUCGCAACAUUCCCAAGGCCACGAACCGCUUUAUCUAUCGUCUCUUUGCGUUCUAUGUUCUUGGCAGCUUGGUGAUUGGAGUGACGGUCGCUUACAAUGAUAAGAACUUGCUACAGGGUGUUGCCAGCGGUGGUUCUGGUGCGGGUGCCAGUCCGUUCGUGAUUGGCAUUCAAAAUGCUGGUAUCGCCGGUUUGAACCACGUUAUCAAUGCCGCCAUUUUGAUCUCUGCGUUCUCCUCGGGUAACUCUUGGGUCUAUGCUGGCUCCCGUACUCUCUACUCCAUGGCAUGUGAGGGCCAAGCACCGAAGUUCUUUGCCCGCUGCAACAAAAACGGUGUGCCCUACAACGCAGUUCUGAUCACCUGGUCCAUUGGCCUCCUUUCGUUUUUGAAUCUAUCUGCAUCUGGAUCAACCGUCUUUUACUGGUUCACUAACAUCACUACUAUCGGGGGAUUCAUCUCCUGGGUUCUUGUUGGAAUUGCUUACUUGCGCUUCCGCGGUGCUUUGGAGUUCCAUGGAAUGCUUGAAUCCAGGCCUUUUAAGACGCCAUUUCAACCGUAUGGUGCAUACUAUGCCAUGGGCUUUAUCUCCCUCCUUGCUAUCACCAACGGCUACACUAUCUUCUUUCCUGGCUCAUUCACAGCUUCAGACUUCCUCGUCUCAUACAUUGUGUUUGUGAUUUUCUUUUUGCUUUACUUCGGCCACAAGAUCUAUUACAAGACACCCUGGAUGAUCAAGGUAUCGGAAAUCGAUAUCUUCAGCGGCAAAGAGGAGAUCGACCGACUUGAGGAAGAGGAUAUUGAGCCCCAGCCAAGAAACUGGCUCCAGCGUGUGUGGUGGUGGAUUGCAUAG